GAUUUUAACACGUUUUUGCUUUAAAGGCCUUCCAUACAAAGAGAUCCGCGGUGCAGCAUGGACAGAUUGAGCGUUUCUCUGCUGUUGAUUUGGGCGUUCAGAUGUUCAUAUGCAUUUAACAUGGACACAGAACAUUCACUGACAUUUUAUGGCAAACAAGAAGACUUCUUUGGCUACAGCGUUCAUCAGUACCAAUCUGAAAAUGGGAAAGAGAUCAUCGUUGGAGCUCCAUUAAAUAAUUCAACAGAGAGAAUUUACACCUGUCUCACAAAUCUAAGGAACUGUACACCACUGCAGCCAGGUUCAGAGAGUAACAGACCGUUGGAUUUGUCAACUGCUGUGUCAUCUUCUGGUACCACAAGCAUCACUAGUUGCAGUCCAUUUCUUGGACAUGAAUGUAAUGGAAACUCGUAUCUUAAUGGUAUCUGCUACCAGUACAACAGCAGGUUACAGCCGGACUCCAACUUCACCACAGGUUUUCAAGAAUGCACAAAGCAAGAAGUCAAUCUGGUGUUUCUGUUUGAUGGAUCUGAAAGUAUGACAAAAGCUGAUUUUAAUUUUAACAAAGAUUUAAUCGUAAAUAUUAUGACAAAACCAUCAAACUCCUCCAUAAAGUUUGCCGCUGUCCAAUUUUCCAAAUUUUUCCGAACUGUGUUUGACUUCAACGACUAUCAGAACAACCUCGCUAAAGAGAAACUCAUGAAAGAGCCGCAGAUGCAUGAAAUCACACACACGCACGGUGCAAUAAAAUACACAUUAGACAAGCUGUUGAAUAAUGUGUCGUCUGGAGUAAACCCCAAUGCUACAAAAGCCAUGGUGAUAAUAACUGAUGGAGACCCAAGUGAUGUUGAUUAUGAUUAUGUCAUUAAGUCAUGUGAAGAGCAAAAUAUCCUCCGGUACAUGAUUGGGGUUGGACAUGUUGGUCUAGCAAAACUGAAAUUGAUGGCUUCAGAGCCCAAAGACAACAACACCUUCUACAUUGAAAAUUACAAUAGACUCCUGGGACUCCUUGACGAUCUGCAAAAAAAGAUCUACAAUAUUAAGGGUUCACAUGAAACAAACAAAAGCAACGACCGACAGAACUUUGAAUCAGAAUUAUCUCAGAGUGGAUUCAGUGUUGUAUAUCACACUACGGACUCUGUGAUUGUGGGUUCAGUGGGAUCUUAUAACUGGCGUGGAGUUCUGUAUGAAGUCAGAGGAUCUGGAUUCAGAGAGACCGAGAUUAAAGAUCCAUCUGUCAAUAAAGACUCAUACAUGGGUUACUCUGCUGUGAUUGGACGGAGAGGCAACACCUCUCUCCUCGUCUCUGGAGCUCCACGUGCUGAACACAAGGGUCUGGUGACGCUCUUUAACAAAAAUCACAACACAUGGACUGUACAGAAGAACAUCGUAGGAAUUCAGAUCGGGUCGUAUUUUGGAGCGUCUCUGAGUCUGUUAGACAUUGACUCUGAUGGAGAAUCAGAUUUUCUUCUGGUCGGGGCUCCGCUAUAUUACCGCUCUCAGCCGAGGGGAGAAGGGAGGCUCUACAUCUAUACUUUAUCAGAGAAGUCGUUUCUAAAGAUGAUGAACAUGUGCGAGUCAAAUGCAGGCAGAUUUGCUGCGUCUCUAGCAUCACUAAAGGACCUGAAUGGAGACGGGCUGUCAGAUGUGGCGGUCGGAGCACCGCUAGAAGAUGAAGGGACCGGAGUUGUGUACAUCUACCUCGGCGAUAAGAUGCACGGCAUAAACCUGAAAUAUAGUCCUCAGCGGAUCUCAGCGAGGUUAGUUCUGCCGGGUCUGCAGCAGUUUGGAAUCUCUGUGGUGGGUGAGAUGGACAUGAACAAUGAUAAUCUAACAGAUGUUGUAAUUGGAGCACGGGGAGGAAUCGUUCUGUUGAAAGCUCUUCCUGUGAUGUUUGUAUCUUCACAACUCAGUUUCAGCCCCAGUGAAAUUAGCUUAAAUGACUUUACCUGUUUGGGUGUGGAUUUGUUUCAUGCAUUCACCUUCACUUCAUGUUUCACUGUGUUUGAGCGAACCAGCAGCACAGGUUCACUGAACAAGGAUCUGAACAUCUCUUUGAAUAUUAAUCUGGAUGUUGAAAAAGAAAUUAAUCGAGGAUUCUUCAAGCUGCAGAAUUCAAGUUCCAGGAGUCUUCAGAAUUCCACCCUGCUUUCUAAAGCCUCCUGUUUUAACUUCUCAAUCUUCAUGCCGCGCUGUGUUUUUGACACAGUGACUCCACUGAAGAUUCAAAUGAAUUUCUCACAAACUGAGUUGUCUUCUGAUCAACCAUCAGCUAUUCUAGACAUCCACAGCACGACGGGGAUGUUUGUUGAGGUACCGUUUGAAAGGAGCUGUAACAGUGACAGAUGUGUGCCUGAUCUAAAGCUGAACUUCAGAUUUAUUAAUGAGACCUUACUGGUGGUGAAUCAAGCUUAUUUUAUGGUUCUUAUAACGUUGGCCAACAAAGGAGACAACUCUUAUAACAACAGCAUAGUGCUGCACUACCCAGAGGGCCUGUCACUCUCCAAAUUUGAUGCUGUUAAGAGCCACACACGCAGCAGCUGUGGCGAUCGAGAUGGCAGUGCUAUGAAGAGAACCACCUGCAGUAUCAAUCUACCAGGGUAUCGAAGCAAUAUUGAAACUGAGUUUCUAGCAACAUUUCGUGUGACUAAUCGGGACUACGACUGGCCAGAUAUAAUGGACAUGAUCAUCAUUGCCGACAGUGAUAACAACGGUCAUAAUGCCACAGUGAAGAGGAGUGUACCGGUUCAGUUCGCCGUUGACUUGGCUAUCAGUCUAGUGAGUAAUUAUUCUGUCACGUAUCUGAAUCUCUCUCUGGAGGACAGAAGGCCAAAAUCUCUCAGCAUCACUUACAAGGUGGAGAAUCUGGGCCUUAAAUCUCUGCCAGUAUCAGUCACACUCCUAUUGGCCUGUUCAAAAACACAUGUGAUGUUCACACCGAAGAGCUUCGGCAUAAACAAGGUCUUCGGUCUCUCUAAUUUAACACAGUGUCAGAUGAUCAAUGAGAAACAGGAUGGUUACUGUGGGAGGUUUCAGUGUGAUGAAAUCCAUCUGGAGACAUCUGCUGAAAUCCAUCUGGAGACAUCUGCAGCUGUUUACUUUACUCUGACGGCACAAGCUGCGCUUCAAAACACAAAGGAGUUUGAGUCGAGAUUUUCCUUUCACGAGUUCAGUUAUGUCUUUAACAUCAUUGCCCAUCUAAACUACAACAGAAGCCGCUACAACCAGAUGAUGACCGGUUUAAAGGAUGACCCAAGUACAAUUCAGACCACAGUCAGGGUGGAGUUUGUAGUUCUGCCCAGUCGAUUGCUGAUCAUUUGCACGGGUGCUGGAGGCGGACUGAUCUUACUCAUUAUCAUAUUAGUUGUACUGCUGAAGAGUGGUUUCUUUAGCCGCAACCUUCCUGAGGAGUUGCAGACAUAUGGAUAUGUGUUUGAAAGCACACAUGGGUUAUUCUAUGAAAAUGGUGGCUUUCCUGUCCCAGCCCCAACCACCAGGAAAAACACUUAAAAUUGUCAGAUAAUGACACAAAAUAUAUGUUUUUUUUUAUUGAAGUGUUUUAUUAUUAAUAAGACAUAUGUAAGACAGUUAUAUUGCAAACCAUUUUUUUCUAUAUAUUGUAGAACACGGUCAGCACCAUGAAAUUGGCUUGUCCCUCGGCUCAGGAGUCGUGGUUUAGGGACAUAUUUUGAGUUAAAAAAAAUUAAUAUUCUCCCCCUUUAAAUGUCAUAAUACAAAGGGAAGUAGUACAGUUAUUUAGUAGACUACUUUAAAAACUAAAAUAUCAACUAAAUAUUAUAAAUAAUUUACAGGGAAUACCUGUCCCCCAAUUUCAUGUCACUGGUGUUACAAUUUAUAAAAAACACCACUUUGAAAAAAAAUCAACAUCCUUGCCAACUUCUUCCUGGGUCAAACAUUCAUUGUAGGCAUGGCUGUUUUGAAAAGCACAUAGUGAGUGUGUACUCUCU